AUGGGGGCUUCUUUUAAACGUAUGGAUGAAUUUCGAGAAUCUCAAAACAAAAAACUCCAAGAGGCACUAGAUAUGGGUGAAUUAGAAAAGGGUAGAGGCUUGAAUCAAGAACUUGGUCUUGUUAGAGCCGGUACUUUAGAUGAUAGAGCUAAGGCAUCGGGAUAUCUCGAAGCUUGUCAAAUAUAUAAUGUUGUAUUCUUGUUGCAUUUAAUGACACAAAUUUUGGGAAUCACGAAUGAGCUGAAUGUAUCCUUACAAAAAAGAGAGCAAGAUAUUGCAAAUGACACGCUACUUGUUCAAGAAGCAAAGAAAAGAUUGCAAACUUUAAGGAGGAAUGAUGAAUGGGUUCCGUUCGUUGAUAGACAAUUUCAACAACUCAACGAUCGUUUUGACGAAUUGACGACUGAUUUGCUUCAUGGAGCUGCUUGUUUGGAUCCAAUUGACUCAUUUUCAAGUUUUGAUAUUAGAAAAAUACUGAAAAUGACUGAAUUGUAUCCUGAUGGCUUUGAUGAAUUUAGGAUGAGUGUUCUUGAGAAUCAGCUUGCAAGUUACAAUAUUGAUGUUCGAGAUUUUGAUGAAAGGUUUUCCAAUCUUAAUGGGCUUUCUGAUCUUUCAAAAAGAUUAGUUAAGACAAAGAAGCAUUCAGUUUAUCCUUUUGUAUUCCUCUUAGUGAAACUUGCGUUGCUUCUGCCUGUUGCCACUACAAUCGUUGAAAGAGCUUUCUCAGCAAUGAAGUUUAUCAAGAAUGGUUUGCAGAGUCGAAUGGAUGAUGACUUUUUAGGCGGUUGCAUAGUGCCUUAUGUAGAAAGAGAAGUAUUUAGUACUAUUUCUAACGAGUCUAUUACAAAAAUAUUUCAAAAGAUGAAGCCUCAUCGAGUACAAUUGUAA